CCUCUUCCGGUGUGAGACUACUCCUUUCGUGAAGUAAUCGUCAAUAUAAAAUCCAGUCCCCGAGAGGUGGUUAGGUAUUUAGGUCCCCUUCCACUGAGGGAGAUACGUUCGGAGCUUUGGAUGAGUUAGAGGAAGAGAAGAUGGAGGAUAGGACUUUACUACAGAACAUCCGGAGCACUAAAUUAAACGUGCCUGCGAUAAUAAUCUCCAAGAUCUUUGCGAUUGCUUUACCCAUCACCCAGGUAGUCAUCGGUGUGCAGUACCUGAAAGAGUGCCCUGCGCAGCCUUACAUACCCAUCUACCUGCUGGUAUCAGGUGUGUUCAGUUUGACCAUGGUCAUGCUGGCCUGCAUGCCCUGCACAGAGUAUCCUGAGGAUGGCAGUCGGAGUGUCAUUAACAGCUUCUGUACUACCUGGAACUCUCUUGUUUCCCUCUUCCUAUUCUGCUGGUUCAUCACUGGUAAUGUGUGGAUCUACUCUAUAUAUGCACCCAACUACUAUAAUCCCGAGGAUCUGCAUUACUGUGCUAAAACACUCUAUCUUUUUGCAUUCUGGACCACCAACCUGGUAUAUAUUUUACUGGGUAUGCUCCUGGUGGGGGGGUGCUGUGCGCUGCUCUGCCUAUGCAUGUGUAACAAGGUCACCAGUACCAUUGUUGAUGAGGUUUGAUUGGCAGGCCAUUAGUCCAGUCCUGGUCCUGGUUCCUGUUGAAUUCAUUCCUCACUAAUGGAAGGCUGAUGUUCUACUGUUAUACUGUUUUUUUGUGAUUUUUUUUUUUUCAUUUUAAUGUUGGCAGUGAACACUUACCUAAGGCCAGAGUGAAGGGAUCUUGCAUACGUUUGUGCUUUUUCUAACACAAUAUUAUCACGCCUUUUGAAAGCACUAGUCCGAACUUUAUUUGGAGUGCAUGCAGCAGGGGUGGUGCUGAGUCCUUUUGCCUCCAUGCUGAUUACCAAUGUGGGCUUUAGUCCUGCACAGACUAAAUCAUCACAGACAUUAUUGUUAUAUCUUGUCCUGAGCUGGUGGGUUUAUGGCUGUGGGACUGAGUGAGGUCUCUUCUCAGAUCAUCUUGUCAUCUGCUGUAAUCUGUGCAUAAAUUUUAAACCUUCAGUCACCAACAGCCAGGAAUAUAAGUAUGUAUGUUGUAUAUAAAUUGGUAGGAAGGUGUGUUGUGUGAACACCUGUAUGUCCUGUCUUAUUGUUUGUGAUGGGAGAGGGAUGUGUGGUGUGUGUGUGUGUGUGUGUGCGCCCUUUAUUAUAUUUAUGCAGUGAUGCGUGCUGCAGAUUGCAUAAUAUAUAAAGCUGCCCUGAAAUACUGUCAGAAAGAAAUGUAAAAGUGCUUUACACAUAUAAUGUUAUCAAUAAUAAAAAAAGAUCUUUAAA